AGAGCGAUGACACGCCCCAUCCCAGUUCUUAGAUUGAAAUUAUGAAUUAAUAUAUAUUUUGCAUUUUACGAACAUUGCGAUGUCAUCAGAGAGAUUUGAAGGUAUCCAGGAUGACCUCGAGAGUCUUAUUCAAAGUUUAAAACAGAAGGUUAAUGAUAGAAUAUCGAAAUGCGGAGGAGAGGAGCGGAAGCGGUUGGUGAGGGAGGUUGAGAAAGGAGUUGAAGAGGGAAACAUUCUUAUUCAAGAGAUUGAAGGAGAAGUGAAGGUGGCUCCCCCUUCCUUCAGAACUCAGAUGUUAUCUACUGUACGCAACUAUAGACGACAGUUAGAUCAAGUUGGCAGAGAAUUGAGACAGGCAAAUAGCAGUUUUGGCAGUGUCAACUCAUCCAGAAAUGAAUUUGAGGAUAUGACUGCUGCUCAAAGAGGCCGUUUACUGCAGGGAACAGAAUCAUUGAAUAGGACAAGUCAGAGUAUAGGUAGAUCCCACCGUAUUGCGGCAGAAACAGAUCAAAUAGGAACAGAAAUAAUUGAUGAGCUUGGUACACAAAGAGAAUCCCUCAUACGAACAAGAGACAGGUUGGAGGACACCCAUGAGAACUUGUCCCGAAGCAGGAGGAUCCUCAAUACGAUGAAUAGGAGGCUCAUCACCAAUAAACUACUGCUUAUCGUCAUCAUUCUUGUCGAGAUCAUAAUUUUAGGUGUACUCAUAUAUUGGAAAUUUUUUAUGAAAAAAAAAUAAUUCAAUGAUAUAUUUAUUUGUGUAAUAAUGUAAAGAUGGUGUGAUUUUAUGAAUAAUAUGCAGUAUGAAUUUAAUUUCAUUUUAAUCAAAAACUUAAGGCAGAAUCAGAUCUAUCGUGCAAUCUUUUCAAAAAAUUGUUUCAGUUGUAAAAUAUUUUUUGCUCCUUUUUUCAUUGUUAUGUAUUAUUUUCUGAAAAUCACUCAUCUUCAUUCCAGGAAAACUAAUGAUCUUUGCAUAUAUAUGUGAUGAUGUCUCUUAAAAAUAUGAAUAUCCACAUUUAUAUUUUAGGAUGCACAUUUUGCACUGAAUAAUAAAUAAGCUUUCUGAAAAGUUUCUUAAAAAGGUUGGACUAAUUCCUCUUCGACCCAAAGUUAAAAAAUCUCUAAAAGUUAAUUUACUCUUAAGGUGCACAAUUUUGAACACUAAAUCACAAU